AUGGCAUUUGUUAUGCCCUUGUUAUCCUUGAUCCUAUUUGCGCUUUUCUCCUUUCCAUUUCUUUUCCUCCUACUUCUGCGGCGCUCAAGUGGAAGUGGCCAUACAAUGCGAAUGCGCCAUGUGAUGUGAUGUGAUGUGCAUAGGUGUGAAGGUUGCCGCGGGCGAGCAGCUGCAACAGCAACUGCAACAGCGGGGCAUAAAAGGCUAAUGCCCCAGGAAAAGUGGAGGCCGUGCCGCUACUGCUGCUGCCAUCGAAGUGCCCUGGAUGGCUUAGAGGUGCAACAGCUUGCCAACUGGAACUGCCGCUGCCACUGCAACUGCAUUACCAUGUGA